AUGCAUUUCCUUGACCUGCCGCCUGAGCUUAUCGACGAGAUACUGCUCACUUUCGAUCCUUUCGACGUUGCCCGACUAUCCCAAACGUGUCGCUCAUUUCGUUCCCAUAUCUACAACGAUGACCGUGACGACGCGCUUUGGGGCGGAUUAUACCUCUCUCAGCAGUACGAUGACCCACGUCUCUGUUUGACGCAAGAUGGUCGGGAAAGGCCAAAAGUUGACUGGCGUAGAGAGUUGCAGCGUAUUCUUCGAGCACGUUCUGUCAUGAUCGACAGCUCGCUCUGCAAGCCAAACGAACUAGGCAAGGUCUUGCAGACGCUGAUCGACAUGAUUUCUUUCGUGCCUCCGAUAUCCUCCUCGGGCGGUUCUGAGGACACAUUGUCCAAUCUCAAUUGGACAUAUACUCCUGGUUUUGAAGAAAUCUCGUCCAACCUCGUCUGGGUAGCAGCCAUGCUCCGACAGGGCUUCCUAGACGACGUAAAGACGCGUCCUGGCCUGACGGACCGAGAGAAACAGCUCCUAGCAAAACUGCACACGUACUACGGUUUAACAAAUGGCGAUACUACUCGAAAAAGCCGUGUUGCUUCGUGGGCGUAUGUAUACAAUAUGCGGAACUAUCGCUGGGAUAAUGAUUUUGGGCCGUUUACCAAUGAAGGAGUCCGUGGAGGUGUGAAUUGGGAGCAUAUGCAGGCGAUUCAUCAUGUUAUGUCAAGGCACCUUGUGACGCUGGAUGAAGGGGAGACUGUUGAAUAUGCGAUUUAUAAAAUGAGCAUGCCGUAUACCCAAAUUUCUAUUCCGAGGGGAUUGGAUUUGGCGAAGGAGAAGGAUUGGGCGGGGAUUAAGGGACUUUGGAAGGUUUCUUUUUGUUUUGUGGAUCAUAGGGAUUUGAAUGCAUUCAACGACCCGCCUAAUUCUGGGAUUGAUACGUCCAUAUUUGAGUCGGAUGACUUCGUGGAGAUCUUUCGGACGAUGGACGUCGACCUGGAAGUGGCGCACACAGAACACGAUCCUGAACACCCGGAUCGACCGGUGAUCAUCUUCUUUGGAAAAAUGCGGGACCCGUCGACGUCGACUAUGAGUGGUCGUAUUGAGAUGACGCCCGAUAAUCAAGUGCAUUGGAGUAGUGUAUCUGGUGACUCAGGAAAUGCUAUUUGGAGCUUGGAAGGAAUUCAAGUUGGUGGGCUACGUUCCGCUUAUGGAGUGCUUGGCUCCUGGACGACGAUAUACCACGAUGAAGAUGACCCAGUUGGACCAUUCUGGCUUCGGAAGGCAGAGGACGAUGAAGGAGUUGUGAUAGUCACCUAA